AUCGGAUGAUCUGAAAUGGGGAGUGGCAGUUAUAGUAUAUCUUUACAUUUAACGAUAAAUCCUUCAUUUCCCCCCUAUCAUCAUAUAGCAGCUAUCUAUCAUUAUUUGCGUAUUGACAGCGACCUUGAAGUAUGUUUUAGAGACCGCCUUCCCUUUACGCACAUACCAAACUCUUGGGUGGAUUUGAACAAUAGUGGAGAACUAAGUCGUGGCUCUGACGGUGGCCAGAAGCGUUCUACACCUAUUUCCUCUUUGAUCAAUAGUGGAAAGUUGGAGAAACUCUUAUGGGAAGCUCAGCGUGAAAGUUGUCAUUCAUCUCUAGUUGGUAGUUGUAUAUCCUCCCACAGAGAAAGCCCAAAAUCUCCAUGUAGUCCCUUAACUGAAGAGCCUGCAUUAGAUGGAAUGUUACCUCAAUUUGAUGUUGGGCAAAGGAGGCAUGGUAGUACUGACUGGAUUUGGGACUGGAGUAGCAAACCUGAUCAAAGACCCCCAAAGGAAUGGAAGCUGCUUCAUCCAAAGCCUACCCUGAGUUUGCGAAAUUCCAGAGCAGCUAAGAGUGGUCUUUUCUCAACUGAAAUGUUGACUAUUCUCAUUGUAUCCAACUUAAUCUCUGUUUUGAUUGGAACUGGCAUUGGGUUCUAUAUCAGCAAGCGCAUUGGACCAGAGCUUUUUCAUUGGAAUAAAUAUUGACUUCCUGACUUUAUGAUCCGAAGGUGUUUGUUUUAAUAUGGUUUAUUUCAUAUAUUUGCUUCUGUAAAACUUUUGGAUAUGUAAAGUUUGUUUUCUUUUUUGAUAUUGAGGUGAAUGUUCUUAUGUAUAUUAAUACAAACUUAUGUAAUUGCCAUGAAAAUAUAUGAAAUUUCAGUUUCACUGUGUGCUAACUGCGAUUUUCUAUUGUAUAUUUCUUGACAACAAACAUUCAUGUUUAUAACAAAUUGCUUUAUUUUGGAGCAAUAAAGUGUUGUUACCUUA